AUGGAAAAACGAGUGUGCAAUGAUUGUCAAUCAACAUUUUGUACCAUACAUUAUCAUGAGCACGAAAAACACGUGAACACAAAACUGGAUCGUUUGAUGGCCGAACAUUCGGCUUUUAAACAUCAUUUAUCGCAAUUAACAAAAAACAAACCAGCACUACUGGUUGAAAUUGAUCAGUGGGAGAUGGAGCAACAUGACAAGAUUAGACGAGCUGCCGACCAAGCCCGCGAUAAUAUUCGUCGAGUAUUAGAUGAAUCGAAUGAGGAGCUAAAAAACAAACUGCGAGCAUUAACUGAUCGAUUAAACUCGACAAAAUCUACGCGUCUUCAUCUUGAAUCUAGUGUUGAUCGAUUAAGUAAUCAACUUGAACAAUUAAAAGAGGAUCUUGAUCAAGCAACGUCUGCAAUUCAGCUAAACACAGAAGAAAUAAAUUGGGAAAAAAUGAUUGAAAUUCGAAAAAUACAUAAAAUAAGAGAUUUCAAACAUUCAUUAGAACCUUCACCAAGACAAAUGAUGUCUGUCAAAAGUGAAACCUCUUCAUCAAUAGCAUCAUCAGGUAAAACUCUACUCUACACUGAUGGCAAUUCCAGUUUGUGUUUAACCGAUAAAUUUGGCAUGAAAAAAGUGAAUAUUGAAUGGUCAACAGAUUGGGGACAGAUUGAAGAUUGUUGUUGGUCACCACACCUCUCUCGUUUUAUCUUGCUGAGUCAGCGGAAUCUUUAUAUUGUCGAUCCUGUUAACUAUCAAGUCAUUCAUAAUCAAAAGUGGAAGCCCUAUAAAAACUAUCGAUCUUGUACAUGCUGUUGUGAUGAGCAGAUACUUUUCGUCGGUUAUUCAGAAGAUGGUGCACCUCUUGAAGAACAUUCAAUAAAUGAUUGGACAAUAUCAAAACGGUGGACAUUGCUCAAUACGUCAGAAUUUGUUCAAUGCAUACGUUUUAUCAAUAGUGGUGAAACGAUUGCAUUUCUCAUUGGGCUAAACUCUAAGAACUUGAGUCGAUUUGAAAUUCGAAAUCGUCAAACCAUGAAUAUUAUUCAUCUUCUGCAGUUAGAACAUUUUUAUUCGCGUCUCAUUCACAUUCCAAAUGAGGGAUCGUUAGUCGUUCAUUCGAAUCAAAAACGUCUUCUAUUGCUUACAAAAACAUCAGAAAAUAUUCAAAGGACGGAAAUAGAUUAUGGCGAUGGUGUAUGUAAUGGGACAUUGAUGGAUCAAAACUGUUUAGUUCUAAGAACAAAAACUGAGUUGUAUUUUCACGAUAUUUAA